GAAAUCGGGCUGUGGACUUUGCACAAUUGCGUUUCCCUCUCCUGCUACGACUUUCGCCGGUGUCUCCGCUCUGCCGACUUCCUCGCUUUCCCCUCCACUCCCAGCCGCGCGGCUCCAGCGCUCACCGAAUCCCGCUUUCUCCCUGAGUCACUGAAUCAUGAAGGUCGCGAGUGGAAACGCCGCCGCCGCCGGCCCCAGCUGCGCGCUCAAGGCCGGGAAGAUGUCCGGAGGCGCCGGGGAAGUGGUUCGCUGUCUGUCGGAGCAGAGCGUCGCCAUCUCCCGCUGCGGCGGGGCGGGCACCCGCCUUCCUGCCCUGUUGGACGAGCAGCAGGUGAACGUGCUGCUCUACGACAUGAACGGCUGCUACUCGCGCCUCAAGGAGCUGGUCCCCACGCUCCCCCAGAACCGCAAGGUCAGCAAGGUGGAGAUCCUGCAGCACGUCAUCGACUACAUCUGGGACUUGCAGCUGGAGUUGGACUCUCAGGCCGUGGGUAACCCCGGGGGCCGGGGCCUCCCUGCCCGGGCGCCCCUCAGCACGCUCAACGGCGAGAUGAGUCUUGCGGCAGAGCCUGCUUGCGUUGGCGCAGAUGAUCGUAUACUGUGUCGCUGAGACGUCCGGCUGACAACCACGGACCCUGGAAGCUGGGGCGAAGGAGAAAAAGCCCUCGUGGGUUUCCCAGAUUUCCCCGUUCCCAUUCCGUUCUCGUGAGGAAAGAGGCCGUCGGGAGCUUGCUGUCCUGCGUGGGAGGUGACCUCCCACGAACCCCGUGGGAUGAGCUGGCCCAUCCCAGCGCCCCGUUGGGGCUAGGGGGCAUGGAGUCGCUGCAGCCCCAGGUGCCAGAGACCUCCGGGCCCCAAUGAGACACUCGACUUCUCUUGCUCGGGGGAGACCUGUUUAUUAUUUUUUUUAAAGAUACUCCUUGGAAAAAAAUGUAAUUUGUUUUUUGCUUCUCAGAUUUCUGAGAAAAUAAUUGCCUGUAUUGUAUAUUACAAUGAUUAUUGAGAAUAUUGUUUUUUACAAUAGUGUAAAGUGUGGGCGUUUUGUUAUUAAACAAAUAAUUGAUAAA